AACAGUAAAAAGAAAGCAUAGAAUAGAGAAAGGUAACAGCAACUCACAUCAGCACCAUCAUUACAAUGAUCACUAACACUCACUCACCCUAAAUUCCAAACACUUCCAUUCUUUCUUUACUUUCUUUUCAACCCUUUUGCCCCACAUUUUCCCUCCUUCUCUUGCUUGCACCCUCUCACACACCAUGUUUCCUUUCUCAAAUCUUCUCCUACCUUCUCUCUCACACUUCACAUGCUCUAUAAAUUCAUGUGUAUCUUUUCAUUCACAUGAAUAGCCAUCAAAACACCUUUCACUGAACACCACACACAUCAUCUCUAGUUUAUGAUAUCUUCAUUUCUCUCUAGCUGUUUCAAGGGAAGAACAAGUGUUAUUUGGGAGCCACAUUGAAGAAGAAGGAACAACAAAAAGUAUACCAAAGCAGCACAAGAACAAGAGUCAACAUGGAAAGAAGUGUGAAUUACUAUGUGCUACUUCUUGUACUUGCUCAUUUCCUUUGUUCAGGUUCAAGUAAGCCAGAAAAGGAAGCACUAAGGCAUGAUGAAGAAAAAGAAGUAGAAUUUAGAGGUUCAAAGUCAAGCACUCAAAGGGACAUCACCACACCUAUCACUACAAUUCCCAACUUAGUUCCAAUCACUUCAUCAUCUCCAAUUCUGAAUCCUAAUUCAAACCCUGAUACAGUUUCUCCAGCCUCCACACUCCCAAUCAUCACACCAAAUAAUUCUUCAAUUUAUUCCUCAGGUGCAAGCUGGUGCACUGCAAGUCCUACUGCCUCACAGAGAGCCUUGCAAGUUGCAUUGGACUAUGCUUGUGGCUAUGGUGCCACUGAUUGCUCUGCAAUUCAACCUGGUGGAACCUGUUACUUCCCAAAUUCUGUUAGAGACCAUGCUUCUUAUGCCUUCAAUAAGUAUUAUCAGAAGAACCCUGUUCCUAAUAGCUGCAAUUUUGGUGGAGUUGCUGUCAUCACUAGCACUAAUCCAAGUAGUGGAACAUGUCAGUAUGCAUCCACCAGUAUAAGUUCGUCAGUGUUAAACACAACAAACACAAGUGGUGCAAAUGUUUUUGGUUCAGUACCUGUGCCCAAGGACCCUUCUGCCUCUGCUGCUGCAGCUGCAACAUCACCUACAUUUCUACCCUUUUGCUUCAUUCUGUGGCCAUUAUUAGCAAUUUUUUACAAGAAUUAUUUUUAAGAAGAAUGAAGUUUAGAUUUUGCAUGGAUUUGGUGUUUAUUUUAUUCAAGGGUGGGGAAGGGGUUGUGUACUAGAAAAGGAGAUAGGUACAAAACCAUUAAUAUGACAUACAUCAUAUCAUAGAAAACACUUUGUAGAAAAAGUAGCAAUUAUAUGAAGGCUUUCAGUAGA